UUUGCGUCCGGCGUAAAGCAUAUCUAAUGCCCCCCUCGUCCUCCACCUCUGUCAGAGAAAGAGUGUGACAGUGAGCUACCUGCCUAUCCUCGUUUCUUCGGGUUCCGCUCGAGAGAACAGGGCGUCUCCGCUGUAGAUCAGGGAGGAGCGGGAGAGAAACACCGAGAGAUGAAGGCCAACAUGAGAAAAGAAGGGGAGCAUGGAGUUCCCCCAGCCAUGCCGUUCCCUCUCCCCCGUUUUGACUUGAAGGCCUUCGCGGUCACCCUCGUCGUCCUCACACUCCUCAUGGCCGCGUGGCAGCUCCAACCUUACCGGCCCUUCCUCUCCUUCCGCGCCUUUUGCCCUCCCCCCACCGCCGCCGCCUCAACUCCGCUCCAAAGUUCGAAGCUUGCUUCCUCCUCUCCCUCCCCUGCAUCCGCUUCUGCGAUUCCGAUUCCCGGAUCUGGACUUCCCGUCCAGGCUCCCUCCGACCCCAACAAGCGGGUCUUCCGGGCCUAUGGCAGUGCCGCCGCCCUGUUCGUCCAGAUGGGCGCCUACCGAGGCGGCCCGGCCACCUUCUCCGUCGUCGGCCUCGCCUCCAAGCCCACCCACGUCUACGGCACCCCGUGGUACAAAUGCGAGUGGCUUCCCAACCCCAAUCCCUCGGCCGCCGCCAACGCCUCCUCGCAGCCCAUUAGGGCCAAGGCGUACAAGAUGCUCCCCGACUGGGGUUACGGCCGCGUCUACACCGUCGUCGUCGUCAACUGCACCUUCCCCUCCAACCCCAACGCCGACAACGUCGGCGGCAAGCUCCUCCUCCACGCCUACUACUCCGUCCAGUCCCGGAGAUACGAAAAGUUCGUAGCUUUGGAGGAAUCUCCGGGCGCCUACGACGAGUCCCUUUACCGGCCGCCGUUCAAGUACGACUACUUGUACUGUGGAUCCUCCCUCUACGGUGAUCUGAACCCCAACAGGAUCCGGGAGUGGAUGGCCUACCACGCCUUCUUCUUCGGCCCGAACUCGCAUUUCGUCUUCCACGACGCCGGGGGAGUCGGGCCCGAGGUGCGAGCUGUGCUGGAGCCAUGGGUGAAGGCGGGUCGGGCGACGGUGCAGGACAUCAGGGCGCAGGCAGAGUUCGACGGCUACUACCAUAACCAGUUCUUGGUAGUCAACGAUUGCUUGCACAGGUACCGACACGCCGCCAACUGGACCUUCUACUUCGAUGUGGAUGAGUACCUGUACCUGCCGGAGGGGAGGACGCUGGAGUCGGUGCUGGCGAACCUCUCUGCCUACACACAGUUCACCAUCGAGCAGAAUCCCAUGUCCAGCAAACUGUGCGCGCUCGAUUCCAAGGACUACUCCAGAGACUGGGGUUUCGAGAAGCUGGUGUUCCGCAACUCGAUCACCAGAGUGCGGCGAGAUCGGAAGUACGCGAUCCAGGCCAAGAACGCGUACGCCACAGGAGUACACAUGUCGGAGAACAUCAUCGGAAAGACUACCCACAGGACCGAGGACAUGAUCCGCUACUACCACUACCACAACUCCAUCAACGUGCUGGGCGAGCCGUGCCGGGAGUUCGUGCCAUCGCCGGCCCAAGGCAAUGUGACAUGGUUCGAGAAGAUCCCGUACGUGUAUGAUGACAACAUGAAGCGUCUGGCUGAGACCAUCAAGCGCUUUGAGAAGCAAACCAUUGGAAGCAUCGGAAGAUAACAGUAGGAGUAGCAGAAGUGAUGAUCCAUUCAUACGUUAUACAGUAGACAUUCGUCAGAAUUCUUUGGGAGAUCUCUGUUCCUGAGCUCGGAGGUGGAUGCAGAUUCUGCUCGUAUCUUGUUGGGUUGUCAGAGGCCAUUGGUUUUGACCAAUUUGGACUGAUCAAAGUGAGAGACGUGAUUCAACAGAGCUUCUGAUUUCUUUCGCUUUUGUUUUUCCCCUUUAUUUCCCAUAAUUUCUCUCUGGUUGGGGUCAUGUGAAGUGGUGGGCACAUUGAUUGAAAGGAAUGUUACGUGGGAAAGGAGUUUUUGGAGCC